UUAACCCCAUGGGCUAUGCCCACUGUGGCAGCAGAACUAUUUGUCAGCAGAAUUUCUUCUCACAGCCCACUCUUAUCAGAAGACAGAUGCGAUUACUAAGCUAAAAUGGUAUGUGAAAACAUAUGGUGUUUUGGAGCUGCUGGGUUGCUGUGGAGGAUAAAUAGCUCCUGACCCUAACCAGGAUCUUUUCAUGAAAAAAGAGCGGUGUCCCUAUGCCUUAUAAAGGCAUGGGCAGGCUUAUUCCAGCGCUCAAGAAGGGGCGGUAGCGGGUUCGUGCUGCUGAGUUUUUUUCUCCAGCAGCGGUCGCAGGCGAAUGAAGAAGUUGAGCUGAAACUGCGAACGCUUCAUCCCGGCACUUAGCGGCAAAACUCAGUCAAGAGAGGAGGAAGCCGGUGAAAUUAAAAACAAAACAAAAACAAACAAACAAAAAAGAAACCCACUUGGUCAUGGGGAAAUCAGCUUCCAAGCAAUUUGCUGAAGAAGUCUUGAAAGUGCACAACGACUACAGGAAGAAACAUGGAGUACCCCCAUUAAAACUCUGCAAGAAGUUAAACAGAGGAGCCCAACAGUAUGCAGAAGAACUGGCCACCACGAGGGUCCUCAAGCACAGCUCCGAGUCUGCUAAUGGGAAUUGUGGAGAAAACCUGGCAUGGGCAUCCUAUGACCAAUCAGGAAAAGAUGUGGCUGACAGAUGGUACAGUGAAAUAAAAAAUUACAGUUUUCAAAACCCAGGGUUUUCUUCUAGGACAGGUCACUUCACAGCAAUGGUUUGGAAGAACACGAAGAAGAUGGGAGUUGGAAAAGCAUCUGCUAGUGAUGGCUCAACCUUUGUGGUGGCUAGAUAUGACCCAGCUGGAAAUGUAGUAAAUCCAGGCUAUUAUGAAGAAAAUGUUCUUCCUCCAAGAAAAUAACUCUAUUUUUUUUAAGGUAGUCUUAUUGCUUAAUGACAAGUUAAACUAGAUUUGGACCUAACAGUGUUUGAAAUGAAGCCCAAUUCAAUGAAAUCUCCUGUUUGAUACUGAUGUUCAUGUCUCAUUGUGGAGGAAGCAGUUACAUGUUGCUUGAGUCAAUCUGCACAUCAGGCCCCUGUUGUUUCUGAGGGGGCCUCAAUUUAUUUGAAGAUGAACUAUAUGCAGCAUUUCUAUAAAAGGGAUAAAAUGGGUAAGAUUUUUUACAUCGUUUGCAUGAACUCUGUGUCAGCAUGUGAGUAAGCACAUGUUGGAUGUCUAUUUUUUUUAAACAAACAAAUUUAUAGCUUUCUGUAAACUGAAGUUACCAGCUUGUAAUUAUAUUAUGUAGUCCCAGCUGUCCAGUACUUUUUAAUAACUCUACCUUCGUUGCUCUGUCUUUACCUCCUGCUGUUGUGGGACCUACUCUCUGCAGAUGGAGCAUAUGCAAAACUGCCUGUAUGAAAGAUACAUGUGUAAAAUGUAGUGGAAUUCAGACCUAUGUGCUUUUAUUAUGAGGAUCUCACAGAACACUAAAAGACUGCUGGCAAAACUGUAGCCAUCAAGCAAGAUGUAAUUAAUGCAUGAUCUAAAAACAAACCUUAGAAUUUUUUAAAUCCCGUUUUAGAUGCUGAUAUAUAAAAUAUGUUUGAGAUGAGUAUAUUUUAAGUUCAAAGUGCAUUCUACAGUUUACAGUAUGUAUCUUGUAUUAUAAUCCAACUGUUUGCUUCUGUUGCAGAAAAAUAAGAUUCUCCUUUUUUGAUAUUUAUGCACAAAAAGUUUCUUUGAUGGUGCACUUUGGAUUUUAUUUCUCAGUAACUUAUUUUUUAUUUCCUAAGGAAUAUCUUUUAAAGGUGUCAUGCUAUACAGGCAAUAACAUUCCCAAAUCAUCUCGUCUCCUUUAAUAAUGUAACAGUAGGGGUAUUCACAUUGUCAUAAUUAAGAGAUAUUUGAUCUUUAUUCAUAUCAUUCAAUAAUAGUACUAUUUCAUAUGCUGGAUUGAUGCCUUGAAAACAAUGAAGAUUUAAA